AUAAAAGGAAGAAUUUGGACUCAGUCGAUACUCACUCAACCAUCGGUGGCCACUGAUCAUAGAAGUUCAACUAUGAAAAGUCUGGUGAUUGUGUUCUUGGCGGUUGCCGCUUGCGCUUCUGUAAUUGAAAAGCGAGAGGCGGAGCCUGGUUAUGGAAGUUCUGGCCAUGUGACGACCUAUCAUCGCCCUUCUUAUGGCUAUGGCUACUCCCAUCACCAUCACAAGAGAUCUGCCGAUCCUGAACCUGAGGCUGAACCUUCCUAUGGUUACGGUAAAUCCUAUGGGCACAGCAGCUACCAACCGGUGAGCUAUGGCUAUUCUCAUCAUUAUCACAAGAGAUCUGCUGAUCCUGAACCUGAAGCCGAACCUUCCUAUGGCUACAGUAAAUCCUAUGGGCACAGCAGUUAUCACCCAGUGAGCUAUGGCUAUUCUCAUCACUAUCACAAGAGAUCUGCUGAUCCUGAACCUGAUGCUGAUCCUUCCUAUGGCUACAGUAAAUCCUAUGGGCACAGCAGUUAUCACCCAGUGAGCUAUGGCUAUUCUAAUCACUAUCACAAGAGAUCUGCUGAUCCUGAACCUUCUUAUGGUCACAGCCAUGGAUAUCAUACUACUGUCUACCACAAGCCAUCAUAUGGUUACAGCCAUGGUGGAUAUCACUGAAGCACCAAGAGUCUCACUGAA